AUGGCCACUGGAAGAAAGCUUUUGACGAAUGGAAAAACAUAUUCUCAGACUCUGCAGCCUGAAAACAUGUUGAGCCAUGAUUUUUAUGCUUCGAGCGACUUAGAUGUGCCCUUGCAAAAUGAGGAAUCUGAGAAACCUUCUGAAGAUGAAGAGUACAUGUCCGGAUUCAAGCUAUGGCUCAUGCUACUCUCCCUCGUCUUCAGUAUUUUUCUUAUUUCCCUAGAUAUAACUAUUGUUGCUACAGCAAUCCCAGCCAUUACGAAUCAGUUUCAUGGCCUCGAAGAUCAAGCGUGGUACAGCGCAAUCUAUCUCAUGACAUCUGGAGGCUUUCAGUCUACAUGGGGCAAGAUUUAUCAAUAUUUCCCGCCCAAGAUGAGCUUUAUAGGUGCAAUGGCCGUCUUCGAAAUCGGAAGCCUCAUCUGCGGCGCCGCUCCUUCUUCUACUGUCUUCAUUAUUGGCCGCACAAUUGCAGGAAUCGGGGCAGCGGGUGUCAGCUCUGGUCCUUUGCUAGGGGGUGUCUUCUCUGAGGAGUCUACUUGGCGAUGGUGUUUCUACAUCAAUCUUCCCAUUGGUGUCCUUCCGAUCGUAUCAACUAUAUUGUUCUUCAACACUCCUAAAGCCGCAAAGCCCCGGGAAGCGCCAAUGAAGGAGAAAUUGCUUCAACUUGAUCCUCUUGGAACGAUUAUUCUAAUGGGAGCAAUCAUCACAUAUCUUAUGGCUGUUCAUUAUGGUGGCCAAAUAGACUCAUGA